UAUUAUUUUCAUCACCGUUGGUCAUUUGUAUAAAUGAAAGGUAUUUAAAGCAGGAAAUGGUAUUUCGACAGGUUUCAAAAAAUUAGCAGUCGAUACACAGUUAUUUUAGAUACAAGAUGGAAACUGUUAUCCUCUUUCUGUUGGCGAUAACUAUAUUUGUUUCAACAGGCCAUGCAGAUGCAAAUUGUGGGAAUCUACUUCCUGGACAAAGUAUAUACCUUGACGUAGACUGUAAAACGUUUUUAAUAUGCGUAGAUGGCCAGCUAUUACCCAUGAAGUGUAGAACGCCGCUACUAUAUGAUGCUGCCGCUGGUGUCUGCAUACGAAAUGGUCAAUGCAUUACUUCAACAGGAACUACUCCUACAACCAGUCCGCCCACCAUAAUUAUUCCUACAGCUCCAACGGUUGCCCCAUCAAUCCCAACUGCGGGAACAAUUGGUCCUACUUCCCAAACAGCAGCCACACCGGCAAUUCCAACAGCAGAAACUGUCAACCCGACGGCUUUACCGACGGUUACACCUUCAAUCCCUACGGCUAAAACUAUUGGCCCAAUUUCAACGAGUUCGCCUGGAAUACCAACAGCAAAGACGAUCACUCCUGGUAUCGGUACUACAAUUGCUCCUCCGAUCCCCAGUGCAGGCACCGCUGGUCCAAUUGUUCCUAGUACACCUGGAUCCAUACAACCAUCAGAUAGUCCCUGCAAAGGAAUGCCAUCCGGUCUUUAUUUGAAUAAUCCUAGAUCAAACACCGAAUUUUUCGUUUGCUAUGAAGGCAACGCUUUGGUGACACAAUGUCCUUUGGGGACGGUAUUUGUUUUUGAAGCGCAAAUGUGUGAAAAAGUAAAUUGUUAACUUGCUAAAUUUCGUUUGAUUCUUGGCAGAAAAAUGUUUUGUGGCCUCUAAGAUAUAUAGUUUAGCAAAUAUUUAUGCAUUAAAAUUAAAUUGAAUAAUAAUUUUAUGAUGUUUAUAAAG